AUGGCUUCUUCUUCAGGGAGCUUAGACACAUCGGGAAAUUCGCACUCACAAAGCAGUAACAACUAUUUUUCAUUCAGUACUAAUAGUUCUACUCACUACCCUUUCAUGACUUCUUCUUCUUUUACCGAUCUUCUUGCUUCAAAUGACGAAGAACCCAUUAAUGAUAACAAAAGUAACAGUAAGUUAGCUGAUAGGAUAGCUGAGAGAACUGGCUCUGGUGUGCCUAAGUUUAAGUCUAUUCCUCCCCCUUCUUUGCCUCUAUCUCCUCCUCCUAUUUCUCCUUCUUCUUACUUUGCUAUUCCUGCUGGUUUAAGCCCUGCUGAGCUCUUGGAUUCGCCUGUCUUGUUAAACCCUUCUAAUAUUUUGCCAUCUCCAACAACUGGGACAUUUCCAGCUCAGGCUUUUAAUUGGAAGAGUAGUUCUGGUCAUAUCCAGCAAAAUGUCAAGAAAGAAGACAAGAAUUUCUCUGAUUUCUCUUUCCAGCAACCAGCAAGGCCAUCAGCAACUUCGUCAGCCAUGUUUCAAUCUUCAAACUCCACAAUUCAGCCUGGACAGCAACAAACAUGGGGUCAUCAAGAAAUGGUAAAGCAAGAUGAGUUUGCUUCAGGGAAGAGUAGUGUGGUAAAAAUGGAAUACAAUUCUAAUUCCAUGCAGAGGUUCUCCCCUGAAAUUGCUGCAAUUCAAACAAACCCUCAAAGCAAUAAUGGGUUCCAAUCUGAUUAUGGCAAUCAACCACAGCAGUAUCAGUCUGUCAGGGAGCAGAGAAGAUCAGAUGAUGGGUAUAAUUGGAGAAAGUAUGGUCAAAAGCAAGUUAAAGGAAGUGAAAAUCCAAGAAGUUAUUACAAGUGCACAUACCCCAAUUGUCCAACAAAGAAGAAGGUUGAGAGGUCUUUAGAUGGACAAAUUACUGAGAUAGUUUACAAGGGUAGUCAUAACCAUCCUAAACCUCAGUCUACUAGGAGAUCAUCAUCAACAGGAUCAACAGCUUCUAAUCUUGCAAUGAUUCCAGCUCCUAACAGUAACUCCAAUGAUAUUCAAGAUCAGUCAUAUGUUACUCAUGGCAGUGGACAAAUGGACUCAUCAGUUACCACACCUGAGAAUUCAAAUUCAAUUGGGGAUGAUGAUUUCGAUUCACAUAAGAGUAAAUCAGGAGGUGGUGAUGGAUUUGAUGAGGAUGAACCUGAGGCCAAAAGAUGGAAAAGAGAGGGUGAGAAUGAAGGAAUUUCAGCACCUGGCAGCAGAACAGUGAGAGAACCAAGAGUUGUGGUUCAAACCACCAGUGACAUAGACAUCCUUGAUGAUGGGUACAGGUGGAGGAAAUACGGGCAGAAAGUGGUCAAGGGAAAUCCAAAUCCUAGGAGCUACUACAAGUGCACAUUCCAAGGAUGUCCUGUAAGAAAGCAUGUUGAGAGAGCAUCCCAUGACCUCAGGGCAGUGAUCACAACCUAUGAAGGAAAGCACAACCAUGAUGUUCCUGCCGCUCGCGGCAGCGGCAGCCGGUCAUUGCCAGAUCCCAACAACAACAACAACAACAAUGCAGCAAUGGCAACGGCAAUUAGGCCAUCAGCUGUAAACCAUGUUUCUGACAAUUCCAUGAACAACAACCCUAUGAGGACUCAAACUCAAAGGGCGCCACCGACAGCAACAUCCGAAGGUGACAUGCCUUUUACCCUGGAGAUGUUACAAAGUCCAGGAAGUUUUGGAUUCUCCUCGGGAUUUGGAAACCUGAUGGGGUCUUACAUGAAUCAAUCAUCAACAGAAGAAGUUUUCUCAAGAGCCAAAAGAGAAAUGGAAGUGGAAAGUUUUUGGCCAUGGAUCUUCGAUGGUCAUGCAUACGCCAUUGGUUACGCUGGCUAUGGAGGUUUGAAUGAGUCAAAGAAGAAGGCUGGCUAG